AUGAAUACUGGGGUUUUCAUCCGAGAAGAAGAGGUGAUGAUUUUGGACUCGGGUUGGGCCUGGUUCUAUUCAAAUCUUGGGCUUUUUGAGGCUGGGCUCUUGCAUAGUAGUCAAAAAGCAGGCCGAGCUAAGAUGUCAUCGGCCCAAUCUUUCAUAUUUGCUCUAACAAGAUCUGGAUAUUCUGGACUUCUGAUUAUGAGCAUGGAAGAUAAAGAACAACAAGUUUUACUUCAUAUUUCUCAAGCUCAAGGUACCUUUGCAUUUUAUGUCACGGUUGUUUAUGCUAAGUGUGAUGAGAAUCUAAGAGUUGUCCUAUGGGAUGAAUUGAGAGAUUCAGCGGGUCGAAUCAAUGGCCCGUGGGGUGUGGUUGGUGACUUCAAUGUUUCCACUAGUCCAAAGGAAAAAGUCGGAGGAAGCCAUAUAGGAUGGUGGUUUCUCUGGGCUCCCUUCACUUGGAGUGAUAAUAGAGAUCCCCCGAACACCAUCUGGAAGAGAUUAGACAGACUAGCUUAUAAUGAAGAAUGGUUUGACUUGUUUGGGGGUACAACAGUGACUCAUCUUUCUAGAACUUGCUCAGACCAUGCCCCUUUACUUAUUAAAUGUGGAAUUCCUGUCAAUGACCAUAUUAGCUAUUUUAAGUUCUUGAAGAUGUGGGUAAAACACGAAGACCAUUUGAAUAUCAUCCAACAGUCUUGGUCUAAAGAAGUGCAGGGAAAUUCUUUGUAUGUUCUACCUCAGAAGACCAAGAAGGUUUGCAAAACUCUUAGUGUUUGGUCUAGAUCUACAUUUGGAGAUAUCUAUGAGAAACUAAUGAGGCUGGAAAAACUCAUCAAAGACCUUGAAGAUGAGGCCACUAUUAACGACAAUCAGGAGAUCAGAACUAAGAUAUCUUGUGCUAAAGCUGAGUUCAACAACUUUCUGAAAUUGCAAGAUAGUGUUCUCAAACAGAAGGCCAGAAUCAAGUGGUUGACUGAAAGAGAUGCCAACACUGCAUAUUUUCAUGGUGUGAUUAAAUAUAGGAGAAAGAAAAUCUCCAUUCUUAAGAUUAAAAAUGAUGAAGGAACCUGGGUUGAAGGGACUAAUGAUGUAGCUGGAGCAGCAGUCCAGUUCUUUCAGAAGUUGUUUAGUGCAGAAAACACCAUUGAAGAUUCUCAAGUCCUUAGUGUGGUAAAAAAAGUGGUGUCUGAUGCAGACAAUGAGACUCUCACUGCUAUCCCUACUUUGCAAAAGGUCAAAAACAGUACCUUCUCUAUUAAGCCUGAUAGCGCACCUGGACCAGAUGGUCUAAGUGCCAAAUUUUACCAAAAUGCCUGGAAUAUUAUUGGCUAUGAUGUACAUAAGGCUGUUAAAGCCUUCUUUAACGGUGCUACACUUCCUAGAUUCAUUACCCACACUUGCCUUAUCAUGUUACCAAAAGUUAAUUCUCCUCAGCAAUUCUCUGACAUCAGACCUAUUAGCCUAUGUAAUGUAUUCAGUAAGAUUAUUGCUAAGCUGAUAAAUGCUAGGCUGAGCACUAUCUUGCCUAGAAUUAUCUCCCUUAAUCAAAGUGAAUUAUCUCCCUUAAUCAAAGUGGCUUUGUCAAGGGAAGGGAUAUAA